CCUUUGUCUCGCUAUCGUUAUCGCUAUCGCCUAUUGUGCAAGGGGCUUAAGUUUCGCUUUCGAGUUUGUCGCAUUUGUUUGUGACUUGUGCUUGUGACCGUUUGUGAUGGUUUGCGAUUUGCGACCGUUCGUGAUGUUGCGUGUAUGAAUCGACUUUUUAUUUCGCAGAUGCGACAGACACGUCACGUCUCAACGAAACGUCAAAUGCAUAAAAGCGUGCAUUAAAGGACAUCUGUAAGAUAAUGAAACAGUCUUUCUUAUAAGAAUAUCAAUCAACAAAACGCACGGUCUAUCCUGGAUAACAUUAAGAGCAAGACUUACCCGACAAUUAAUGAGAAACGAUACAACAUGGCUUCAGCGUCCAGCACAAGCGCGCGUAGCUUGUUCAUCGAGUCGAAGAUGAGAUUGGCGGAUAGGGUGCAAGUUAAUGUCAAUAACAUUGCCUCGCUCGCCAGGCAGAUACAACGGGGUUCCAGAAGCAACGAAAUUUUAACGCACGCAGCGAGGAACUUUGCGCAACAGGAGCAUGGGCUGGAAACGAUGGAAUCCAGUUUGAAAAAGCUUGCACUCAUCGCUACUCACUUGGAAUAUCAAAUGGACGCGAUUGACAAAAGUUCGACGAUGUUGGAGGAAGUCACCGAACAAGUACGGUCUAUGCAACGAUAACAGUAUUAAUACAUACGUAUUUAUUUUAUGUUGUAUACAUAAGAAUUCUAUAUAACGAGUGUCUGCAGAAUACGUAUUUAUAAACUAUGUGGUAUGAAUGUUAUAUAUUGCAGGAUUGAUUAAUUUUAAUCUUCGUCUAACAAGGUACAGGUCAAAUCCUACUCGUAUCAUCUCUGUUGAAUAUCCAACAGAUUUCCACCCAAAUAAAUAAAUGCAAUGUAUUUUAUAUUUUAUGAGGUAUUUUACAUAUUUUGCAAUAUACUUUGUUUACUUUUAAAUAUUUUCUAACGGUUCUAACUUAUAAAAAAUGCCUAGUUGAAAAAAUUAGUUGAGAAAACUACAAAAUGCUUCUAUCAGGAUUCAGUCCACCUUGCGAAAAGCGUGACCCGCAUGAAUCUUGAUAGACGAAGAUUAAGAACGUAUAUUGCAAGUUUAGAAUUUUUCUAAAAUUGCAAUAUAUGAUUUAGAAAUUAUAUAACAAUUUCUUCCUUUUGCUAUAAAUUGUUAUGUU